AUGGAUGCCUAUGCACUUGCACAUCAGCGGCACGCUUUUGCUUGUUAUUGGUUGUCUAAAGCAGGAAAGGGCGAGACGCGGGCAGAGAGGUGGCGGCAGAAUGUUAGGGCCUUCGACGAGCUUCCUCCUCGAUUCGGACCAGGCGCUCCACCCGAACCAAUGCAGGAUUACCCCGCUGAGUUUGCUGGACUUGAUUCACCACGGGAGGCUCCUCCUCACCACGGUCACCGACGCCAGCCACUCUACGGGCGCGUCAACUUGAAUCCCUUUAGGGAUGACCUGCGCGAAGAGUGGUUUCGCGCUAUACCAUGGAUGCGUUUGGAUUUCCUCAAGUUUGGUGGGCAAGACGCACAAGAGUGGACCUACAAGACCCACCAAUAUUUUCUAUGCCAGCAAGUGCCACGAGAUCUAUGGGUGUCGAUAGCCGUAUGUCACUUCGAAGGAGAAGCCAUGAGGUGGUACAACUGGAACUAUAGGGGGCUACCCGAGCCUCCAUGGGAAGAGUUGGUCCAAGAAGUCCUUGAUCGCUUUGGAGAGUCCGCGUUUCAUGACUACGAGAUUGAGCUCAAGGCUUUGUAUCAAACGGGCUCCGUUAAGGACUACCAAGCCCGAUUUGAGGAUUUGUCUAGCAUGGUGCACGCUUGGCCCGAGGGAGCCCUUAUUUCGAGUUUUAUUGGAGGCCUCCGUGAGGACAUCAAGCUGGAAUUGAUGACGGACCGCCCUCAACGAUUGAAAGAGUGUUAUAAGAGGGCGAAUAAGAUUGAGGAGAAGAUCUGCCGGCUGGCCGCGUACCAUCGGCCAGCCAGCCCGGGCGCGCCUAGCCGAGGCCGGCCCUCGCUUUCACCUUCACGGCUACCCCAGCCGAGGCCUCGCAUGCCCGACCGAUAUUCGCCGGCCAGCUCCCCGCGCAAGCCACUUCCUCCACGGGUUAAAAUCAUCACACCACAAGAGCGUGAGGAGAGGAUCAAACAGGGCAUGUGCUUCUAUUGCCAUGAGAAGUACGUGAGAGGACAUAAGUGUCGGGCAAACAUGAUGUAUCACGUGCUAGAGGAUGAGGAGACCGUCGAUAGCCCUAGAGGGGACGCUCCACCCGAGCAUGUCGACGCCGACAAGGGAGAGCCCAUCGACCGACAGGCAUUAGUUCCACAUGCAUAUUUCUCUAUCUCUCGAGCCCCUACGCCUAAUUCUAUGAGGAUUGAAGGGACAGUUGGAGACGUAAGGGUGCUGGUCCUUGUAGAUACCGGUGCGACACACAACUUCAUUAGUCGGCCGGUAGCCAUAUCUUCGGGUUGUAAGCUCAAGGCUUACCCUCCUUUUGAGGUCAUGGUAGGGGACGGUGUCCGUAUUCCUUGCCGCGAGGUGUGUGAAGACGUCAGUAUCAGGAUUCAGGACACGGACUUUCGGGUAGACCUUUUUGUUCUAGCUCAGUGUGGCACAGACAUCAUUCUUGGGGUUCAGUGGAUCAAGACGCUUGACGAGAUCACAUUCAACUUCAAAGAAAUGACCUUAAAGUUUCUCCGUGCUGACGGGCAACAUGCCAUUUUGAGGGCUCUAGACGGACCGGUCCAGCCCAAGGAGGCCCUCCGAGCACUGCAGGCCCAAGAGCCGGCCUACCUCCUUUUGUCAUGCGUGGAUGAGCAGCCAGCCGUCCAAGGAGAGACGCCGCAGCCCGUUUCUCUUCUUUUGGAGGAGUUCACGGACGUUUUCCGAGAGCCCAAAGGGCUGCCCCCGCCACGGGCUCACGACCACCAUAUUCAACUUGUCCCGGGCACCACAGCAGUUUGCGUUAGGCCUUACCGGUAUGCCCAUGCUCAGAAGAGCGAGUUAGAGAAGCAGGUUCGAGACAUGUUACGAGAGGGACUCAUCCGACCCUCUUCGAGUGCCUUUUCUUCUCCGGUGCUCCUAGUGAAGAAGCACGACGGUUCGUGGCGGUUUUGCGUGGAUUACCGAGCCCUCAACGAGGCCACGCUCAAGGACAAGCAUCCUAUACCCGUGAUUGACGAGCUCUCGGGUGCCCGAUACUUCUCGAAGAUUGAUCUACGGUCCGGUUACUUCCAGAUUCGAAUGGCGUCUGAGGAUAUUCUCAAGACGGCAUUCCGCACCCACGACGGACACUUCGAGUUUUUGACACCUCAGACCGUGCUAGAGUUGCUCAGGGAGCACCAGUUGUAUGCGAAGCAUACCAAGUGCAGUUUUGGUCAGUCUGAGGUCGCCUAUCUGGAACACAUAGUCACGGCCGAGGGGGUCAAGGCCGACCUGCAAAGAUUGAGGCAAUGUUGGAUUGGCCUAUACCGUCGGUUCAUCCGACGUUACGGGCACAUAGCUUCUCCCCUCACCCGCUUGCUCCAGAAGGGUGGUUGGGAGUGGACCGAGGACGCUAGAGGGGCGUUUGAGCAGCUCAAGGUGGCCAUGACCACCGCUCCCGUGCUAUCCAUGCCAGACUUCUCCAAGACAUUCGUGGUGGAGACAGAUGCCUGCGAGGCUGGGAUUGGGGCAGUACUGAGUCAGGAUAGGCACCCCAUUACCUACAUCAGCAAGGCCCUCAACCGACGCGCCAACCAGUUUUCUACGUACGAGAGGGAGAUGUUGGCCAUAGUCGUAGCCGUCGAGAAGUGGAGGCCCUACUUCCUUGGACAGCGCUUUGUGGUGAGGACUGACCACGUCAGCCUCAAGUACUUGUUAGCUCAGCGUAUAUCCACCCCCACUCAGCAGAGGUGGAUAGCCUGA